CCUUCCCUCUGCCUGUUCCAGCUGUUUUCACCUUCUCUCUAACCCAGCAAUUUCUCACCAGUGAGAAAAUCACACAAGAAACCUCCAACCCACCUGGCCUGGCCACAUCACAGCCAGGGGGUCGUGCCUGAGGGCAAAGAACAGAGACAGGAGCCUUCCCCAGAGCUCUGAGCAGCACCUCAGGACGCUGAAACCCUCAGAGAGCCAUGGCCACCUCCCUGGGGCUUUCCCUGGCCACCCACCCAUCCUUCCACAGGUGUGUCAGGAGUGCUCAGCCAUGGAUGUCACCAGCGUGCCCCCAGCCUCUGUGACCCCCUCGUGGGACGUGUUCCCCCAGCAGACCCUGCAGCCCGUGGACAUCGCUGUGCUGGUGCUCUAUUUCCUCUUCGUCCUGGCCGUGGGGCUCUGGUCCAUGUGGAAGACGCAGCGCAGCACUGUCAAAGGCUAUUUCCUGGCCGGGGGACAGAUGGCCUGGUGGCCUGUGGGCGCAUCCCUGUUUGCCAGCAACGUGGGCAGCGGGCACUUCAUCGGCCUGGCUGGCUCGGGAGCUGCCUCGGGAAUCGCUGCCACAGCCUACGAGUGGAAUGGGAUGUUCUGUGUCCUGGUGCUGGCCUGGCUCUUCCUGCCCAUCUACAUUGCCUCGGGGGUCACAACCAUGCCGGAGUAUUUGCGGAGACGUUUCGGAGGCAAAAGAAUUCAGAUAUUCCUGGCCAUGCUUUAUUUGUUCAUCUACAUCUUCACCAAAAUAUCUGUGGACAUGUACGCCGGGGCUCUGUUCAUCCAGCAGGCGUUGCACUGGGACCUGUACAUCGCUGUGGCCGGGCUGCUGGCCAUCACUGCCGUGUACACCGUGUCUGGUGGCCUGGCAGCCGUGAUCUACACUGAUGCCCUGCAGACCCUCAUCAUGCUCAUCGGGGCCGUGUCCCUCAUGGUCUUCAGUUUUAUUGAAGUUGGUGGCCUUGAAGGUUUACAGGCAAAAUACUUUGAUGCCAUUCCCAGCAUCCGCAAGGAGAACAGCAGCUGUGGCCUGCCCAGGGAAGAUGCUUUCCACAUUUUCCGAGACCCUGUGAACUCUGACCUGCCCUGGCCAGGAGUCUUGGUGGGAAUGACCAUCCCAUCCCUGUGGUACUGGUGCACAGACCAGGUCAUUGUUCAGAGGUCCCUCGCUGCCAAAAACCUCUCCCACGCCAAAGGAGGCUCCUUGAUGACCUCCUACUUGAAGAUUUUGCCCCUCUUUAUGAUGGUAAUGCCAGGCAUGAUCAGCCGGGUUCUCUUCCCAGAUCUGGUGGCUUGUGCAGACCCGGAAAUUUGCCAAAAAAUCUGUGGCAACCCCUCUGGCUGUUCUGAUAUUGCUUAUCCCAAGCUGGUGUUGGAGCUCCUGCCUGUAGGACUCAGGGGCCUGAUGAUGUCAGUGAUGAUCGCAGCCCUCAUGUCCUCCCUGACUUCCAUCUUCAACAGCGCCAGCACCAUUUUCACCAUGGACCUGUGGAAACACUUCCGUCCCCGCUGCUCCGAGUGGGAGCUGAUGAUCGUGGGCAGGGUGUUUGUGCUGCUGCUCACCGUGGUGUCCAUCCUGUGGAUCCCCCUGGUGCAGGCUGGCCAGGGCGGGCAGCUCUUCAUCUACAUCCAGUCCAUCAGCUCCUACCUGCAGCCGCCCGUGGCCAUGGUGUUCAUCCUGGGCUGCUUCUGGAGGAGAGCCAACGAGAAGGGAGCCUUCUGGGGGCUGCUGCUGGGGCUGCUGCUGGGCGCCGUGCGCCUGGUGCUGGAUUUCAUCUACCCCGAGCCGCAGUGCGGGGAGCCCGACGGCCGGCCCGGCGUGCUCAAGUACAUGCACUACCUCUACUUCUCCAUGGUGCUGGCAGCCGUGUCCACCCUCACCGUGCUCGUGGUCAGCGUGGCCACCGAGCCCCCGGCCCCUGAAAUGAUAAGCCGUCUCACCUGGUUCACCCGUGGGGACCCUCUGCCCAAGCAGGAGCUGGCAGCCAAGGACCCGGCCACGCUGCAGCUGGAGCUGAGCCCUGCUCCUGACAAUUGUUCAGAUGAUAACAAAUGCGCGGCCGAGGCCAAGGGCAGCUCGAAGCUGCUGAGCACCUUCCUGUGGCUCUGUGGGAUGGAGAGCAGGCAGGAGGGUGCUGAGAACGUGCCCAAAGCAGAGCCCCUGCCCGUGGCUUCCCUGGAGGAGAAACCACUGGUGAAACACAUCCUGAACAUCAACCUGCUGCUGUGUGUGUGUGCUGGAGUCUUCCUCUGGGCAUACUUCGCAUAGCCAGGGGGAUGCCACCCCAUACUACAUCAACUAAUCCUAAUUGGUGUAAAUAUUAAUGAUUAGCAGAGGGUUAGUGUCAUUCCUAAUGCUUUCUAAAUUUUAUUUCUUUAUUUAAGACAUUUUAAAGACAUAAUAUUUUCCUUAUUUCUAAUGGGGGCCUGGCUGUGCCUAGGGCCGAGCACUUGGCACUGGCACCGUCAGACCCUGCCUGGCACCAACCAGCUGAGGAAGGUUGGUUUGGUUAUUUUAAAUAUUUAAUUUUGCUCUUUGGCCUCAGAGCACUGCCUGGAACUCAGGAAGCCUGGAUUCUCCUCCUAUUUAUGCCUCUAUAACCAGCUACAACCACUUGGGUCCCCUUUGGUUCAGCUCCUCUGGCCUGGAGGGACAAGUGACACCUCGAGUGGCUGGAGCAGAGCCAGGGGCUGCUGUCUGGGCUCUGCUGUGCCCCUGGCUCUGCUGUGCCCGUUCAGCUCCUUCCCCGUGUGCAGCGAGUGCUGCUGGGCCUGUCUGGGAGCUCUGGCUGAGUUCCCACCACUGACACUCCAAUGGCAACACCAACACCAGCACCCAGCCUGGAAACUGCCCCAAAACUGCUGCUGGAGGCAGCUGAAGGACCUAAAGCAGCCAAAGGCUGCCAGGGCAGAGGUGGCCAGGGGCAGCCCCUCAUGGCCUGGGCACCCAGAGCUGUUCUGGGAGCGCCUCAGUGGAGAACCUGGGGCUGGGGCCAUCCCUGGGGCCUCGUGCAGCUGCAGAGAAACAUUAAAGAGUGAGAGCUGCUCCCUGCCUGCCUGGACUCUGUGGGGAUGGGAGGGCUACCAUGACCUCUGGGACCCACACCCACGAUGGGAGGCUCCUCCUGGAGCCCCUCACUCCCUGCACAGCCUGCUCCCCCUCCCCAGGAUCCAGAAAUACUGCAGGGUCCCAGCAAACCCCACCCCACAACUGACAACAA